UUGUUCCGCCGGGGGAGGCCAGCCGGGCCUGGCACUGGCGCCCAGACGCCGCUUAGCGGCCGCCGCUGGAGACACUCUCUCCCCUCCCCGCCUUCCUCCCGUUGGCGGCCGAGGGUGGCGAGGGGGCACAGGGAGGCCCUUGUCCUUCCAGCGGCGGCGGUAGAGGCCGCUGCCCGGCUCCCACGCGAGGGGCGGCCGCGAUGCACUGGGCCUGAGGCGGUCCGGCCCGGCCUUUCGUCGCCCUCGACUCUCUCGGGGCGUCGGUGCGCCCCCGCGUCAUCCCGCGAGUCCCGGUGACGGGAGGGAAGAUGGCUGCGCCGAGCUGGCAGGACAGGCUGGCCCAGCAGGCCGAGGAGGGCUCGGCGCGGCUGCGGGAAAUGCUGUCGGGCUGCCUGGGCUUUCUGCGCACCGAGCUGGGCCUCGACCUGGGCCUCGAGCCCAAGCGGUACCCGGGCUGGGUGAUCCUGGUGGGCACGGGCGCGCUCGGGCUGCUGCUGCUCGUCCUGCUGGGCUACGGCUGGGCCGCGGCUUGCGCCGGCGCCCGCAAGAAGCGGAGGAGCCCGCCCCGUAAGCGGGAGGAAGCGGCCGCCGGGCCGGCCCCGGCCCCGGCCCCGGAAGACCCGACCCUGCAGAAGAACCUGCGGGGUGACGAGCAGAAGAAGAAGAGCAGGAAGAAAGUAGCCGCCGAGAAGCCCAAACCAAAUGGACGGACUGUUGAAGUGGCUGAAGAGGAAGUUGCCAGAACUCCUCAGAGUGUAUCAGCAAAACAGCCAGUAGAGACAGAUAAGAAAAAUGAAAAGUCGAAGAAAAAUAAGAAGAAAUCAAAAUCAGAUGGUAAAGCAGUGCAGAACAGUUCACGCCACGAUGGAAAGGAAGUUGAUGAAGGAACCUGGGAAACUAAAAUUAGUCACAGAGAGAAACGGCAGCAACGUAAACGUGAUAAGGUGCAGACUGAUUCUGGUUCAUUGGAUUCAGCUAUCCCUGGGAUAGAAAAUACCAUCACAGUUACCACUGAGCAGCUAACGACUACAUCAGUUCCUGUUGUCUCCAAGAAGAAUAAAGGUGAUUCUCAUCUAAAUGUUCAAACUAGCAACUUUAAGUCUGGAAAAGGAGAUUCCACACUUCAGGUUUCUUCAGGUUUGAAUGAAAACAUCACUGUAAAUGGAGGAGGUUGGAAUGAAAAGCCUGUAAAAGUCUCCUCACAGAUCAGUGCAGUUGAGGAAAAGUGGAACUCUGUCUCACCUGCUUCUGCAGGCAAGAGGAAAACUGAGCCGUCUGCAUGGGGUCAAGACACUGGAGAUACUAAUGUAAAUGGAAAAGACUGGGGAAGAAGUUGGAGUGACCGCUCAAUAUUUUCUGGCAUUGCUGCUUGGUCUAGUGUGGAUAGGGGAAUGAAUACCUCUGAACAGAAUUCUGCUUCUUUUGCAUCUCUCACACUUAACUCUGCUGUUUCUGGGUCUACUGCUGAGCCAGUUUCUCAGUGUGCCACUUCUGAUUAUCAGUGGGAUGUUAGACGUAAUCAACCCUAUAUCGAUGAUGAAUGGUCUGGGUUAAAUGGUCUGUCUUCUGCUGAUCCCAGUUCUGAUUGGAAUGCACCAGCAGAAGAGUGGGGAAAUUGGGUAGAUGAAGAAAGAGCUUCACUUUUAAAAUCCCAGGAACCAAUUCCUAAUGAUCAGAAGAUUUCAGAUGAUGACAAAGAAAAGGGAGAUGGAGCUCUUCCUACAGGGAAAUCUAAAAAGAAAAAGAAGAAAAAGAAGAAGCAAGGUGAAGAGAAUUCUCCUGCACAGGACACAGAAGAAUUAGAAAAAGAGACAAAAGAAGAGCUUCCUGUAAAUACCUCUAAAGUCCGUCCGAAACAGGAAAAAGCUGUUCCCUUGAAGACCAUAAGCACUAGUGAUCCAGCUGAAGCACUCGUGAAAAAUAGCCAGCCUAUCAAGACUCUUCCACCUGCUGUUUCUACCGAGCCAUCUGUUACUUUAUCAAAAAGUGAUCCUGACAAGAACUCGUCCCAAGUGCCACCGAUACUGCCAGAGACAGAUAAAUCCAAGUCAGAUACUAAGCAAAACAGCGUGCCUCCUUCACAGACCAAGUCUGAAACUAAUUGGGAAUCUCCCAAACAGAUAAAAAAGAAGAAAAAAGCCAGACGGGAAACGUGAAUUUUUUUUUCUCAUGAAUUAGACAUGUGUUUGCCAACACUGUCUUGAAGAUUACGCUGUUUAUGCAAUAAUUUGUGAACGUGUACAGAGUUUUAUAUCAAUUUAAACCAAUUUUUAAAAACAAGACUGUGAACACAACCACCAUAAGAAUGGAAUCAAAGGAACGUUAAUUUAUGAAAUUAAGAAGUCGGCAGAAUAUAUACUACAAUACUAGAAGACACUUGGGAAAGUCUUUUCAAUUUAACAAGAAGCAUCUUAAUUUAAGAAUAUUAUUCUGAUUUUACAACCGUGCCCUGUUUACAACAGAUCGUGCCCUAUCUCAUCUGUAGCUGUGAAAUAAAGGAUUUUGAUUAGAGAGAUAGUUGCCUACAAACCAGUAGGCAGCUUCUUGGAUCUUAUGCACAGAACUUAAAACCAUUUGCAUCGUUUUAUGCUAAAAGUCAAAGUGCUUUGAUCAAAUGCAUAAUCUGCCAUAUCUUUACCUGUGUGUUGGUAGCAGUUUGUAUUAAAGGAAUCACAAGUGCAAAUAAAAAGGCAUUUAUUAUUUGCUGAACUAAACUGUCCUGGUUUAGUUUGCAGGUUUUUAAUUCUUAAAUGAAAAUGUAUUUGACACUUGUAUGGCUCAUGAAGUUAUUUUUGAUAGGCUUGCAUUACUUGAAUUGUUCAAAGUACAGUAUAUUUUAAAUUAAGAAAGGUAAACUGUCUUUUACUUGCAAGGUUCAGACUCUCAAAUAAUGCUCUUGCUUAUGAUUUGAAAACUUUCAAACUCAAUUCAAUUUACAUAGUCCUUUUCCCUAGUAAAUUCUUUUCCAGCAUCAUCUCUUUGUUACUGAUACUUUUUUAACUUAGUGAAAUCUUUCACAAGUCAGAGAGAACUUUCAGUAUAUGAUGGAGAAUGAAAAACUAGAGUCAGACAGCUUUAAUUGACAUUGUCAAGACCUCCAGUUAUCAGGAAUACAUUUUUUUACUGCCUUAACCUGUAGUGUGUAGAAUAUGCAUCAUUUAUUAAAGGGGAUUCGUGUUUUUAUAAGAAUUUUCAUGUAACUUGCAAUUGUGGUCAAAUGAGGAACGUUUCCUGCUUGAAACUGUAUUGAUUUAAAUGAUGUGUGAGAUGUUUCACCAUUUUCAGGCACUGUGUAAUUGUGUUGUAAUAAACUGGCAGGUAUCUUUGUAACUAUAAAUAGUGCAUGCUCAGCCAUGUACACUGUAAAUAGCCUUUACCAAACGUGUUUGACAUGGACCAUAAUUAACAUCACUUAGUGAAUCGUGAUUUAAAAAAAAAAAAGCCAUGAUUUAUUUGGUGUGUUGGCUUAAUUGUUUCUUGUGGCACCCAGAAUGAAACGGUUUAACAGCUGUAACCAAUGGUACUGAUCUGUCCAUCCGAUGUUGUCUUUAUUAUAUUUGAUUGUGAUUUAAUAGUAUUGCAUUGUCAUGCUAGGAAAGCUAAAGAAAAUGGUUUUAGUGUUGCUGGAGACUGGCGUUAAUGGACAGCUUUCCUAACAAGUGAUAAUUAACUUUCAUCAGGUGUUAACAUCUGUUUCAGGAACAUGGCAGUAUGUUUACAUGUCAGAAGUUUUGUUUAAUUUUAUGAUAUUUCAAAUUUGACUUGUUUAAAUAAAUUCAGCAAAUGUAUAGCAUUGUUUUUAUUUGCUUCAGUGUUUGGGGUAAAUGAGCUUAAAGUGCCAGGAAUGGAUUUCUUCAAAUGGUUUUUUUCUGUUAAUUUUACAUAGCUGGUUCCUAAUUGGAUACAAGGAUGCCUUAGUUGCCAGCACUUUGUAAAGGCAUCACAAAGGGGAACUUGAUAGGGAGCCUAUAAUUUUAGAAUGUGCCAAAAGAUAUACUCAAAAAAUUCAAUUGAACUCUCUCAACUCUACCUCUUUUUUUUUUUUUUUUUUCUCCUUUAAACAAGAGCACUGCUCAAUUCUUCAAUUCUGGCUGAUGGUGGUGUGCAGGGGAUUAAACUUUGGAGCCUCCAGCAUGAGAGUCUGUUUGCCUAACCAUUAUUAAGCUAUCUACUCACCGCACCCUCACCAUUUCUUUAUCUUAGAAUUUUGUUGGCUGUUUCAAGUGCUGGGUUUUAUUUCUCCAGUGUCUCCCAUUCAAACACCUAUGCCAGUGCCAGGUGUUAAAGACACCUUUCAAGAGGAGAUUCAAUGUAGAAAUGAAGGAAGAGCGUUACUAAAUUGAGGUGGAUCCAGUGUGGGGAGAUCUCUGAUGUCCCUUCUCUCUCUGGCUCAAGAGUUGAGGAUCUUCUGUUUAAAGAGAUGGCAGCUAUGUGUUAGAAUUGAUAGAGCUCAUUGCUCUUAUCCUUGUCCAGAAUAUCUUUAUGUGGCAUUAGUUUCUGACAUCUGAACAGAAGAACUGUUUUCUAAUCAACUCAGAAGGCACUAAAUUCAAGGCAAACAUUGGGAGGGGAACCAGUUGUCCUUUGGAGGCUUGUAGACAUUCCCCAAACUAUUGACAGGAAAAUAGUUGAUUCUUUGAACUGUGUAAAGCCUGGAGGGAAAUGUUACUCUCACUGAUACAGCCUCCCAGAGAAAGUAGUAUAAAAAAAAAAAAUUGCCUAAUCCCUAUCUGUCUGCACAUACUGAAAAUCCUUCCUUGUUUUGGAACAGGGAGCAGUGGUUUUUUAAGAUUUCCCCAGACAGCAGGAAUCUACCUAUAUAUUUGUAUUGAGUAAAACAAUAGUUGAGAGAGUCCAAAAGUAAUUUUUUUGAACUAAAAAUGUCAAUGUAACUUAUGUUUACUUUGUGCAUGCAUUUUGUUGGGGGAGGGAAGGGUGAAAAUCUGAAUGAUGGUAUUUCAGACUAAUUUGGUUUGUACUUGUUAAAGAUAUUUAAGGGGAAUAUUUAACUACAGUUUAGUUUUUCUUAAAGACAGUCAUUAUAGUUUGAGAUCUCUUUUGAAAUUUAGAAUUUAGGUUCAAGAUGUCUUAAGAUUUUAUUGUAAAUUCAUUGCACAAACUGGAAAUACUUUCCAAAAUCCUUAGGGAAUGCAAAUGUUAUUUGUAAAAUACACUGAGUAUUGUAAAUAAAGCAAUCCAUUUUUGUUUUGUUAAA